GGCUCGUCACUUGGUCAGCACUUGCGGAUUUCCUUGGCCGAACCCACACGCCAACCAUCAUGGUCUUCCUUCGCAACGCGAUCGCUCGCACGGCGCGCCAAUUCUCGACGGCUACCACCCCCAAGGCCAAAGCGUCCGACUACACGGGCGGGUUCAACGUGUUUGACCAAGGGCGCCGCAUCCUCGUCACGGGGGGCACGGGCCAGAUCGGCAUGGAAUUGGUGCCGUACUUACGUAACUUGCAUGGCCGCGAUGCUGUCAUCAACUCAGACAUCAAGAUGGCCAGCAAGGCCGAGCAAAAGUCGGGACCGUUUGUCUACUGCGACGUGCUGAACGCCGACGGCUUGGCGCGAAUUGUUUUGGAAAACGGGAUCGACACGAUCAUCCACAAUGCGUCGCUCUUGUCAGCUAUUGGUGAAAAGAACCCCCAACUCGCGCUCAAGGUGAACACCCGCGGGCUAGAAAACGUGUUGGAACUCGCUCGGCUCAACAACCUCCGCGUUUUUGCCCCCUCGACCAUUGCCGUCUACGGUCCCUCGACGCCGCAAGACAACACGCCGGACAUCACGAUCAUGCGCCCGACGACCAUGUACGGGAUCACCAAGGUCCACUUGGAACUGUUGGGUGAAUACUACCACGACAAGUUUGGCGUGGAUUUUCGAUCCAUUCGGUACCCUGGCAUCAUUUCGUCGCAAGCGUGGCCAGGUGGAGGAACCACGGACUAUGCCGUUGAAAUCUUUUACGAAGCGCUCAAGAAGGGCAGCUACAAGUGUUUCCUCGGCCCCAAAACGUGCUUGCCUAUGAUGUACAUGCCCGAUUGCUUGCGCGCGACCAACGAGCUGCUCGAAGCGCCGUCCGAGUUGCUCAAGCAACGAGUGUACAACGUGACGGCCCAAGCGUUCACACCAGAGCAAUUGGCUGAAUCGAUCCGCAAGGUCAUUCCGUCGUUUGAAAUCACUUACGAACCCGACUUCCGCCAAGCGAUCGCAGACACGUGGCCGCGGUCGCUGGAUGACUCGCUUGCGCGCGAGCAUUGGGGCUGGAAGGAACAGUACGACUUGGAUGCGAUGGUCGUCGACAUGCUGGAAGCGCUUGACCUGAAGCUCAAGAAGCUUGGCCACCUGUAAUUGAACAACGCUCCCAGCAACGUUCGCAUUCCGCGUCGAUCAUACCCACCCUAUUUUUUCAACGCAAUAGAGCAAUUCCAAA